GUGACUGCCCUGGCUGGAAGGCAGCAGCAUGGCGUGCAUGAGUGCGGACCUCUUUCACAAACUCCACUUUAUUUGCACUUAGUUCGUCUUUGUAUUCUAUCAAUCAAAGAGGACGCGAACGUAUUGAAAGCUGGAAUUUAUCGCAACAUGGACGAAGGGAAUAAUCUCCAAUUCCCGUCCCUGCCAGCCGCCAAAGAAGAGCAGCUGGACUGGGCAUAUCCAAUGAGAAGAGAGAUGCAGGAAAUCCUCCCAGGCUUGUUUCUUGGUCCCUAUUCAGCUGCUAUGAAGAGCAAGCUCUCAAUGCUGGAGAAGCAGGGGAUAACUCACAUUGUGUGUGUCAGACAAGACAUUGAGGCCAACUUUAUAAAGCCAAACUUCCCCCAUAAAUUUAGGUACCUUGUUUUAGAUAUAGCAGAUAGCCCUGUGGAGAAUAUAAUUAGAUACUUUCCAAUGACUAAAGAAUUUAUUGAUGGAUGUUUAGAGAAAGGGGGAAAGGUACUCAUUCAUGGAAAUGCAGGGAUUUCACGAAGUGCUGCAUUAGUUAUUGCUUACCUUAUGGAGACAUUUGGAGUGAAAUAUAGGGAUGCCUUUAGUCAUGUACAGGAGAGACGAUUUUGCAUUAACCCCAAUGUAGGCUUUGUUCAUCAGCUACAGGAAUAUGAAGCAAUAUAUCUUGCCAAGCUAACCAUCAAGAUGAUGUCACCUGUUCAGCUGGGCAGGUCCUUCUCCAUCCAAGCUGGGAUGCCAGGAAGCCUAAAACGAACACUAGAAGAGGACGAGGACUUCGGAAGUAUGCAAGUUACAGCAGCACAAAACGGAUAGGGAUUUACUAAAACUGAAGUGGACUUUUCUUUUUACAUUUUUAUUGGGAUUAAAAAUGUAAAUACUUAUACAGGGGUUGGGAGGGAGAGACUGCUCUUAGUAACCCUUGGAGCUGGGGAAUAUUUGAUACUUUUCUUUCUUUUUUGAGCUUUAUGCACUGAAAUUUUUUGCAGUUUUAUAGUAUUUAAAGCAUUUUGCAUUUGCAGCGGGACAGUAUUGCAAUAAUGCACUUUUGAUACUUGAACUGUUACUUUGCUGGAUGGACUGGGGGGGGGGGGGGGCGCGGGCGUUAAAGGAAUGUGACUGUCACUGCCCUGGAAAUUAAUUGGUAGGAUGAUCAGUCUUUGUGGGAAUUAAUUAAGACUGAGUUAAAGAUAUGUUUGCCAUAAAAUUAACAUCCCACUGCUCAAUAAAAUUGCUACUUACCUUG